UAGUGAAAUCAUAUAUGCAUUGGUUGUCCGAGCCUCGAAAUUGGGCUUUGGGUAUGGGUGGUAUAGGUAAAACCACACUUGCUGAAUCUCUUUACAAGCAAGUUUCAAGUAAAUUUGAAGGUUCUUCCUUCGCUGCAAAUGUUAGGGAAAGAUCAAAACGAGAAAGUGAACUUAGUGUACGGGAUCAAGUUCUAUCUGAAAUAUUAGAAGAAAAUAUAAAAAUAGGCACUAGUGAUAUACCCUUCCAUAUUCAAAGUAGACUCCAACGCAAAAAAGUUUUACUUGUUCUUGAUGAUGUGAGUAAUCAAAGUCAAUUGGAGAUUUUAAUUGGAAAGAAUGAUCGAUAUGGUCCAGGAAGUAGAAUCAUUAUAACAUCUCGAGAUAAACAAGUGUUAGAUAAUUUUGUAUCUGAUGGUUAUACAUAUGAAGUUGAGAAACUGAAUGACCAAGAAGCUCUUGAUCUGUUUUGUCAUUAUGCCUUCAAACAAAAUAAUCGCUUGGGAGAUCUUAUGGUACUGGCAGUGAGGGUAGUAGAAUAUGCACAAGGCAAUCCCUUGGCUCUUAAACUGUUAGGCUCCUCUCUUUAUCGGAAAAGCAAGCGAGAUUGGCAAAGUGCUCUGAACAAAUUAGGAAGGAUUCCUAAUCUUGAAAUUCAUAAGGUGCUUAAAAUAAGCUACGAUGCUCUAGAUCACGAAAAUCAGAAUAUAUUUCUUGAUGUUGCAUUUUUCUUUAAAGGGAAUGAUCGUGAUCAUAUCACAAAAAUACUUGAUGACUGUUAUUUUUCAAUGCAUUCUGGGUUGACUGUUCUCAUUGAUAAGUCACUGAUUACAAUAUCGUAUGAUAAAAAGCUACAUAUGCAUGAUUUACUCCAAGAAAUGGCUUGGGAUAUUGUUCGACAAGAAUCUCCUAAGGACCCAGGCAAGCGUAGCAGGUUAUGCAGUCAUGACGAUGUCUACUAUGUACUGAAAAAUAAUAAGGGGACCGAUUCAAUUGAAGGCAUAUACCUAGAAAUGUCUAAAACAAGAGACAUUCAAUUCAGUUCCAAGGCCUUUGUAAAUAUGUCUAGACUUAGACUGCUUAUAUUCUGUAAUUCUGAGCGUUAUAAACAGUCUGGAGAGAUCUCAGAGGUCCAUCUUCCUUUAGGUCUAGAUUAUCUUCCUGAUGUGUUGAGGUAUCUCCGGUGGGAUGGAUAUCCUUUGAAAUCACUACCACAAAACUUUACCCCAGAGCACCUUGUUGUCCUUAAAUUGCCUUAUAGCAAUAUUGAGCAAGUCUGGCAAGAAACAGAGGUUUCUCCCAAAUUGAAAAUCAUCGAUCUUGAUGGCUCCCAAUUUCUGAAUUCAAUUCCAAACCUUGAAGACGCCAAAAGCUUUGAGGUUGUGACACUUUCAAAUUGCAAAGGAAUUAGGAAUUUCCCACAGGUUUCACUGAGUAUAACAGAACUAAAUUUAUCUGGGACCGCAAUAGAAGAAAUUUCAACAAGUAUUUGUCAAAUGAAAUCUCUUCGUUUGCUUUAUCUUUAUCGUUGCUGGAACCUUCAGAGUUUCCCAGAAAUCUUGGAGAGAAUGGAAUGCUUAGAAGGUCUUUACUUAUCUGAAGCGACGGCAAUAAAAGAGAUACCAUCUUCCAUUGAAAAUUUAAGCCGGCUUCGUGAUUUGAGUUUGGUUCGUCUCAGAAAUCUCGAGACUGUUCCAAGCAGUAUUUGUAAUUUGACAAAUCUAGAUGUAAUUUAUCUUGAUGGUUGCCCAAAACUUGAAAAACUGCCGGACAACCUGGGGAAUUUGAAAAAAUUAGAGGCGCUUUUUGCAAAGGAAACUGCCAUAAGCCAACUACCAUCCUCUAUUGGAGCUUUAUGUUCCUUAAUAUUUUUAAAUUUACCUUACAGCGGUCUGAAAGAAAUCACCGAUGAUCUCUGCCGUUUAACUUCACUGGAUUACUUAGAUCUAAGCGGGAGCAAAUUUGAGAGUCUACCAGCAAGUAUCAACCAACUCUCUCGGCUGCGUUUUCUUUACUUAAGGGAUUGCAAUAUGCUUCAAUCACUACCCGAGCUUCCUUUACAUCUUAGAUCAUUUCAAGCACCAUACUGCAAGCAGCUCGUGUCAUUCACUUUGCCUCGGGGUAUAGAAGAGUUAAACGAAGCCCAAUUUGAAAUAGCAUCUAAACGCUGCUAUAAGAUUCAAAGGUCAUUCAGUGCGUUCAUAUUUACCCAUAGUAUGAAAUUGAAUCACAACCACAACCUUUUGGCAGAGUUACGAUUUGGAAUUGAGAGUCUGGCCAUUGCGUCAAUUAAACGUUGUUGUGAAGAGGAGACUGAGGAGGUACUUGCUGUUAGCUUAAAUUUACCCGGGAGUGAAAUUCCGGACUGGUUUAGCCAUCGUAGAUCAGGGUCUUUCAUUCAGAUUAGGCUACCUCGUCGUAGUUCUAAUGAAAGAUUCACCGGAUUUCUUCUAUGUGCUGUUACUACAUUUGAGGGAAGUUACAGUGGUGGUUUUGCUUAUGUCAGAGUGACGUACUAUUUUGAUUCAAAUUAUGAGGAAGAGUUUUACUGCGAGUUGUCAAUUGGCUAUGUGAAGAAAGGGGCAAUGGAGCCCGAUCACAUAGUACUGGGAUAUAGUCCUCGUAUGGAUGUUGAUCUUUUAAAGGGUGAUUAUACAACUGCCUCAUUUUGGUUCAGCCUAAUACAGAUAAAAGGGCAAUCACUAAAUCACAAGGUGAAAUGUUGUGGGGUUUAUCCACUCUAUAUACAUCCCAAAGUCAGCAAAUCCAGCAGUUCUAUUGAGGAAUUGGCUACCAUCAAUCAAGGUUCCGGUGAAAUAGCUGUGGAUGACUGCUACAACAAUGAUCAUGAUGACACAGAUGGAAGUGGAAGUGACAUGUCUGAUGAGGAAAUGGAACCAAGUCCUAAUAAGAGAAUUAUCAGAGGAAGUGAUUCAAUUUUGCGCAUCAGAGGUGGAUUACUGCUCUCUUAUUGUUGGACUUUGAUGGUUUGCUUCUUUUGCGGACUUUGUGUUUUUCGACUGCUGGAGUCACUUGUGAUUUUUCUAUCAUCUUAAUGGUUAACAAACGGUAUGUAAGUAUAUUAAGAAUCUUUGGUCUAUGAAGCUGUUAUAUUAAUAUCAAUGUUUGACCUUUAAAAUAUUUUAAUAUUUUCUUCUUCUGUUGGACAAUUAU